AAUAAUCCAUGUAGCUGUAGUUGUUUGUGGAAAGCGCUUGGAAGAGGCAACCACCAUGUUGAAAUCAAUUACCGUAUUCACCAACCGAGAGCUGAAGUUUCACAUUUUAGCAGAAGAUUCUCUACAUAGAGAGAUAUACCAAAAGAUUGACCAGUGGCCACCUGUACAGAGUGGACAAGUUGACUACAAAGUUUAUGGGCUAUCUUUUCCAGGUGGAAAAUCAAAAGCUGAUUGGAAAAAACUUUUCAAACCCUGUGCAUCACAAAGGCUAUUUCUUCCUUCUGUUUUGAGUGAAGAGGAUAGCCUUAUUUAUCUUGAUACUGAUUCACUUGUCCUACGACCCAUCGAGCAUAUUUGGAAUCACUUCAAACUGUUUAAUUCAACGCAACUGGCAGCAGUUACACAAGAAGGGGAAGUUGCAGCCYUGAACUGGUAUAGUAGGUUUGCAAUGCAUCCCUAUUAUGGCAAAUUUGGCAUYAAUUCUGGUGUAAUGUUGAUGAACCUUACAAGAAUGAGAGCAUUUAAAAURGAACRAAAGAUUACAGACAUAUAUUUGAAAUACAAGUUGAAAAUCACAUGGGGCGACCAAGACCUCCUCAAUAUUCUUUUCCACUAUCAUCCAGAGCUAYUAUAUAUUUUGGGAUGUGAAUGGAACUACAGACCUGAUCAUUGCAUGUAUGGCAACAACUGUAACACAGCUAACAGCAAUGGUAUCACUGUUCUCCAUGGUAACAGAGGAGUCUAUCAUACUAAAAAAGGACACCCAGAAUUCAAAGUUGUAUAUGAUUCAAUACUGGACUUUCAUCAUGGUGGUGAUACAAAAGCUGCAAUGGAGUCUCUAAAAGCAAAACUAGAUACUUAUGCUUCUAMUUAUUGUGGUCAAAUGAGAGAUGCAUUUUUGAAGCAUCCUAUGGAAUACAUACAAACACAUAAUUGACAAAAUGUAAUUUUAUUUAGAAAUUUUUAAGUUCAAAUUAUUAUUGAAAUGAUUAUUGAUUUUAGAGGUUUAGGAAAUUCCACUGUUUGCAAAAAACAUUUUUGAAAUAAGGUAUUCAUACUAAACACUACUCCAUUUUACAGUUACACAUCAAGCAAUCCACAUUUUCUUAAAAGCACACACUAACAAGUGUGCGCUGGAGUGAUUGUGGGCAUACMUCUUCUUCUCCAUAUUUACCAUUACACGAUAAAUUAAUAAAGAAUAGUAAUUCAGAGAAUAUAAAAUUGUUUAUAAAG